AUGGUUUAUUACUUCAAAUCGACAGUUGUUGAUCCUCCAGCGUUCGUCUACGUCGGCAAGGACAAAUUCGAGAAUGAGGAAUUGAUUAAGUACGGUUGGGAAGAAGACGUCUGGGGUUGUUAUGAGCAGUUUCACGUGGAUAAACUUUCCAGCGCGCAUAUAUAUCUAAGACUCAAUGAGGGCGACUCGUGGGAGAAUAUACCGGAAGACUUGGUGACGGACUUAGCGCAGCUGACCAAGGCCAACUCCAUCGAGGGCAAUAAGAAGGAUAAUAUCACCAUUAUCUAUACACCCUGGUCCAAUCUGAAGAAAGACGGUAGUAUGGCCGCCGGUCAGGUGAGCUUCAAGGAUCCGCGUAAGGUCAAGAAGGUUCUCGUUGUCCAACGUGAAAACGUCAUCAUCAACCGGCUCAACAAGACCAAGGUAGAGAAGCAACCCGAUCUUCAGCAGGAAAGAGAGGAUCAUCGUAGAGAGUUAAGAAAGCGAGACCAGGCUGCUCAACAACAACGAAAGAAGGAAGAGGCCAGAAUAAUGAAGGAGAGGCAGGAGAAGAAGUGGCAGAAAGACCACGCUUACGAUGAACUGUUUACGGAAGAGAACAUGGAGUCCUCGAGCAAUCAGAACAGGGACGAGAACUGGGAGGAGGAUUUUAUGUAA